CUGAGACCCAGAUUGUGCAGACCCUUUUAAUUCCCCUGCAUCCUGCUUUUCGAUCUAGGCUUUUGCUUCCAUUGCGCUGUUAAGAUGGGGCGGCGAGGAUAUUUGACCGUCCUGGCAUUGGGCCGGUCGCCCUAUGAUCUACCGGAAGCACCGCCCGAUGGACACAGGUCCGCUGCCAGCCCACUCCGGAGUACACAUCCGGAAGACUAUGUGCAAAGGUAUGAUAGUCGUGGACAUCCAAGGAAUCCCGAGUCAAAGGCUUCAGCAAAGCAACAUCGGAGAGCGAAGAACGACAUUUUAUCAACUAUGGGGAUUGUGGUCAGCGGCAAAAAUAAGAAACCCGCAACUGCGAAGGAGAGAGAAAACGCUGCGCUCCUCGAAAAGGAGAACAGGUAUGGCAUAUCUAUAGGCACUCUGGAUCAGAUUUUCACGUUUAUCGCGUCCUGGUGGACAUCAUCGUUGUCCUCACGAAUACAGACAUUCAAAUACUACAAUCAAGCGACUCUAACCCAAAUUAUGAGUUUCGAGCAAAGACGGGGGAGUUUGGUCGGAUGUUAUUAUUCUGGGAUGCCAGCAUGGGUCUGUUCGUUCGCCUUGGUCUUCUGCCGUGCGAAUUACUUGGACUCCUCUCUGGAGUGGACCCAUGCAAAGGUGGCUUCUUUGGUCCAAAGCAAACGUCUUCGAUGCAUAAUACGUGGGUGUUUCAAGGCCGCCAAAUUUGGUGUCUCAUUCAUCAUUUUGGGAAUAGUUGGUCAAACAUACAUGUUUUCUAUGCUGCAGACACUUCAACUUAUACCUACAUUUGCUAUACCCUCCCUCCGAUCUUUCCUACCAUUUGGUGAAUAUUCGCUCCUGCAGCUACCGCCCCUCCCGAGAAUUACGUCUGUACGGGAAGUUGGAGGUUUCCUCGCACAUCUUGUUUUCUCUCCAUAUAUCCUAGCGUCCCUUCUCCCAAGUAUCCGGUCUGUGCUCGAAACGAGAAUCUAUUACUUGCUCCGGAGAAGGCUGCAACAAACAGAUCAGCCGGAUAAACUUUCUAUCCACGUCGCGGCGGAAUGCGGUUUGAUCGACUGGAUUAUGCCUAGGCUGGGGAAAAGGUCGGGAGAAGAGAUCAAACGCAGUCAACUAAGCCUGACUGAAGAUAUCAUCUACGAGAUGGCGAUAUUCAAAAAAUACAUAAUGAGCCUUUUUGAUUGGAGGAAUGGUUCGAAACCAGAUUCCGAACGGAGCGGUCUAGAUGAGGAUAGAGUUGAGUCUCUGCAUCGCCGAGUCGAGCAGCUGCGACGUGAUUCAAGUGUGGAAAGGGCGCCUCCAUCGCGUCGUCGACGGACUCCAACCAGAGGUCAACCACAACGAGAACCUGAAGACCAGACCCGGGCAAAUACAGAUACAGAAGAAAGUGAACCUCAUCGGAUCUUAAUGGAUGAAGACCAGCGUUUUGCACAGUCGCCCCUCCAAAUGAGAGAAGACUAUUUCCCAGAAAUUUACGGCACAGAUCCAGCCGUCGGAACGCCUGUUAUAGAGGUUGCCACCAGCCAGGAUUCUGAACCUCCUCAAACACCUCAUUCUCGUGCCAACACCUUGUUUUCUCGGCCCCCAUCCCCAGACACAUCCCCUCUUACCUCACCUCGCGUUCGGGCUUCGUUGGUGCAUCAAAAUUCCGAAGUAAUUACUAUGCAGCUGGAAUUAUUGCAAGGUCCCAGCAACUCUGAUCCACAGCACCAAACUAACUUGGACAACGGCGAUAUUGACAAUGUGUCGAGUCAAAAUAGCCAAGAUCAACUGCAAGAUAGGCCCAUUCAAGAUAGUGUAGCUGACCUCGCAACCGACGGCGUUUCUUCAGAGCUCGUUGACGCACUCUGGCCGAGUGACGGUCGGCAUCGUCAUCCCGUAACUACGCGGUUCCACGAAGAACUCGAUACUAGCAUGUCGAGCGAGGCCAUUCCCACGGCGGGUGCAGAAAUCGUCGAGCCCAUUCCGGCAGUAAUAGCGGCUCAAUCCAGCACAUUAACAGGGCCAGGUUUCGAAAUACCAGGACCGCAGUUAGCACAAGAUCAAGUCCAGAGCACCGGGGAUAUUCAAGCUUCUCAUUCACAACCCUUGGCGUCUCGCCCGCGACAUAUGACAGCGAAUAGCCGCCCUGUUGAUCGCCGGUUCACAGUUCUCUCAGAAUACCCGGCUGAUUCGUUAUCUUUACAUCUUGCAGCAUUAUUAACUUCAAUACUUCUUUAUCCAUUGGAAUCCAUUGCUCUUCGGGGGCUUGCGUUUAGCUACUUGUCCUCUCGCGCCCCAUUAAGCAUUAUAUCACUCACAUCCCCUUCUUCAACUGACACGAUUGCAGGGUUGGGACUCCGCUCCGGGUUGGUCAUGAAUGGAAUCCAUUCGCUGGGAUCUUGGUUUGGCGGUGGCAGCUCUGCGAAUAGAAUAUCAUAUGCAGGAAAAUUGGCGCUUGUUAUGGGGUUUGAGGCUAUCUCCAGGGCAACUGUGUGGGGAGUUGGGACAGUAUGGGCUAUUUCCCAGGGAAAGAAAAGAUUUGGAUGGGGACAGCUGUAA